AUGGCUGUCAACAUCCUGGGAGUGGCAGUGAUGAUGGUUUUCUACCUGCUGGUUCUCGGGGUCGGGAUCUGGGCGUCUGUCAAGUCCAAAAGGGAGGAGAGCAAAAGUGCAGCUAACAAGAUGGACAUGGCCCUGCUGGGAAACCGAAGCAUAAACAAGGUGGUGGGGGCCUUCACAAUGACAGCCACGUGGGUUGGAGGAUGUUUUAUCAUGGGAUUGAGUGAGAUGACUUACACCCCCUCCAUGGGACUAACGUCAGCCAUAAUCCUGUUAACAGCUUUCUCUUUUUGUUUUAUUUUAGGUGGUCUUGUGUUCGCCAAACCCAUGAGAGACAACGAGUAUGUCACCAUGUUGGACCCUUUCAAUGUCAAGUAUGGGAAAGCAGUGAUGGCCCUUCAGUCACUGUGUGCACUGCUGAUUGAUUUGUUGUGGUUGGCAGCAACACUGAUUGGUUUAGGUGGCACCACAAGUGUGAUUUUGGAUUUGUCCUACACUGUCAGCAUCUGGAUCUCUGUCAUCGUCGUCAUUAUCUACACACUGCUGGGCGGACUCUACUCUGUGGCCUACACUGACAUCAUACAGCUCGUCCUAAUAUUCAUCACCCUGUGGACCUGUGUCCCCUUUGUCUUCAUGAACCCCUCCUCCCUGGACAUCACCCAGACGGCCCUGAACUACACCUUUCAGGCUCCAUGGAUCAAUAAACUGGAGAGCAAGUUUGCCUGGACGAACAUCGAUGGUUUCUUAUAUCUGUCACUGGGAAGUCUGGGAUACCAGUCCUUCCAUCAGAGGACCUUGUCAGCUUCGUCCUCGUCUUCUGCCAAGAUGUCUUGCUUUGUUGCUGCUUUCUGUAUCCUUAUUUUUGGAAUACCUCCAAUCCUUAUUGGGGCAGUGGCUGCAUCUACAGACUGGAACCUCACUUCUUAUGGUUCUCCAUCUCCCCUGGAUCGUGGAGAGGGAGCCAUGGUCCUGCCCAUCACCCUGCAUCACCUCACCCCAAGCUUCAUCUCCCUCAUUGGUACCGGAGCCAUCGCCGCUGCUGUCAUGUCAUCAGCGGACUCUGCUCUACUCGCCAUAGCCUCCAUCUUCACCUCCAACAUCUACAAGACGAUCCUGAGGCCUCAGGCGUCACAGAGAGAGAUUCAGUGGGUGAUCUAUGUGUCUGUGGUGGCGGGGGGCCUGGCCUGCACAGCACUCACCAACCUGAAGAACAAUGUUGUAAUACUGCUGUUAUUUGGUAGCGAGCUGGCCUACAUCUUGACCUUCUCUCAACUCAUCUGCGCCUUGUUCUUCAGCAUCUCCAACGGUUAUGGUGCUGUUAUCGGCUGGGUGACAGGGCUGGUGUUAAGACUGCUGAGUGGAGUCCCAUUUCUGGGGGUAGCGCCAGUCAUACACUUCCCAGGAUGCACUCUUGAGGACGGCAUUUACGUCCAGUACGCUCCCAUUAAGACCAUUGCGAUGCUUGCUGCCUUCACUGCCAACUUGUUGUUCUCGUACCUGGCGUCGGUGCUCUUCAACAGAGGCCUGCUUCCUCAGUGGUGGGAUGUGUUUGAGGUGAAAGCCCCGCCCUCGCCACGACCGCUUACACCAACAGACGCUGAAGAAGGACACAACAAGAUGGAGAAGUUGGAUGAGAAACAAUCUCAUCAAGAAGCUUCAGAGCCAAUGAUUAGCACCACGUGUUAA